AUGUUGAAGGUUCUUGCUUUAGUAAUAUUUGUGUGGGGGUGCAACGCCUGGGCGGAAGAAAGCCUUCUUAUAAACAAGCUUACUGACAAAAACGCAAGGCAAAAGAGAUUGUUAUUUUACGAUGGUGAAGGACAGUUAGUGAACACUUACGGAAAUUCUCUUUACCACUACGGCCGAAAUGAGCAAGAAAAUUUAUUCCACUGGACUUUCUUAAACAACUUUUUAAGCCCUAUUUUCCCAACUGCAAUAGGAAGGACAUCGAUCGCAUACAUGGUACCAGUAUCAGACGCAGUUGUACAGCAGAUUAACAAGGAUCCAGUGUAUCAAAACAAACUCCUCAUACUGACAUAUAAAGACCCACUAGUCGAAGUCAACCCUCUCUGUUCUGGAAGAAGAGCUCAAAUACCCUCUACUAAUCUAUGCAGCAACUUCUUAAACUGCUGGGAUGGCUGGGCGUUUGAGCAGGAGUGCCCAGCUGGUUUAAUGUUUUCGACUGAAGGCUAUUGCGAUUAUCCUCAAAAUGUCAAUUGCAACAAUAGGAAGGUAAAAGAGCCUGUUAGCCCGAUGUGCAGCAAGGAAUUUGAGGCUUUCCGGAACAAAGUUGACUGUAGUGAGUUUUUCGUAUGCGUCAACAGCCUCCCAGUCCGGUUCAAGUGCCCCGUCGACCUUGCCUACAGCGAGGUUUUGGGUAUUUGCGACUAUCCUGGGAGAGUUGCAUGUAAUUUUACUCAAUUGAUUACUCCAAGCGCGCCCUCUAGCGUUCAAACGACUCAACUUUUUACCGAAGCAACUUCAACAAUAACCCCAAGUGAAUCCAGCACGACCGCUGCUUCGACAGCUGCACCUAUAUCAAAUCAAAAUAGGGAUAAGAAUAUGGUGAUAAAUAAAUACGAAUACAAUACGCAAAGUUGGUCAUCAACACACGUUGCCGUAUCGCGUCAAGAUGCAAUCAGACAGUUGCAGCUCGGAAAAAUCGCGCAAAUUAGUGUCGAUAAUUAA